AUGAGUCCCCCCCUCCCCACGGUAGCAGACAGGACGGUGCAGUUCCCCUCUUACUUCCUGUCCCAGGGGGGCCUGUGUGUGGUGAGGAGGGUGGUGACGGUCCUGUCCUACCUGCAUCCGGACAUCACCUGGUGCCCCGUACUCAUACCUGUCACCUGUGUGAUGCUGCACUACCUGCAGGAGGAGGUCAAGGUGUACCAGGCUGUUGCAAACAUGCUGACUCACACUGGGAGAACAGAGAAAGGAGAAAGAAGAACGUACCUGAUGGACACCAGGCUCUCCCAUGAAGCCAUGAACAGGGUUUUCUGUGACCUCGCCAAGAGAUAUGCCAAAGCAGCCUAUGGUUUUUUGAAGGACAGUGGCUGCGAUGUGGACUCAGUGAUGUCGGAGUGGAUAUGGUGGAUAUUUGGUGCUCUUCCAUUUGAAUAUGUUGUCCACGUGAUGGACUGCUACCUUGUGGAAGGAUUAAAAGUUCUCUACAGAGUGGGAGUUGCACUGCUAGACAAGUGGCACAAACAAAUUAAUGGUGCUCCCCCCUCUGAUGUCAGGCAGUCUAUCCAGGACUUCUGCAGGAACAUCAGCUCACAUUUCCCAGUCAAGGACAUUCUCAAGAAAGCCUUCAAAAUCAGGAACCUGUCCAGGAAGCUGUGCUCCACGUUGCACCAGCGCCACCUGGCGACUCUACAAAGGAAGGGCGCCCCAGCCAUCACCAUAGACAGCCCCACCCACACAGCCACUCACGGGUCCAUCGCCCUUUCUCCUGUAGAGUCGAGCAUACUGAAUCAUGCCCAGGUAUGUGUUUCUGUGUUACACUAUCGGCGCUCCAGCCAUAACCACAGACAGCCCCACCCACACAGCCACUCACGGGUCCAUAGCCCUUUCUCCUGUAGAGUCGAGCAUACUGAAUCACGCCCAGGAAUCAUGCCCAGGUUGAUGUUUCUCUGGGACUGUAUAUAUAUAGAGAGAGAUAAAGAUAAUAUAGACAAACUGAAGACUCUACAAAGGAAGGACACCCCAGCCAUUACCAUAGACAGCCCCACCCACACAGCCACUCACGGGUCCAUCGCCCUUUCUCCUGUAGAGUCGAGCAUACUGAAUCAUGCCCAGAUCCAUCAGCUGUGGUGCUGGCUUCCCCAGAGAUUCUCCCUGUACGAGCCUCGUGUCGUCUACUCCAGCAGCGAAGAUGGCUACCACCUGCGCAACCUGUACCAGAAGUGCGCCGACAACCAGCCGCUGGUGCUCGUCAUCAAGACCAAAAAUGACGAGGUAUUUGGCGCAUUUAUCACAGAAAGCCUUGACUACACGGCCGACAAGAACAAAAGCCGGGCGUACUUCGGUACAGGGGAGAUGUUCCUGUUCUCCCUGACCCCGGUGCCGGUGAGGUACCCCUGGGUGGGGGUUACAGAUGGCGGAGAUCUCAGCCCCUCCCAGAGCAUGUUCAUCUCUGCAGACUACACAAGUUUAGUCAUAGGAGGAGGCGAUGGGGACGGCAUAUUUUUGGACCAAGAAAUGAACCGAGGUCACACCAAGAGAUGCAAGACCUUCAACAAUGCACCCCUGUGUAUCAGUGGGGACUUCCACUGUGUGGCUGUCGAGGUGCUAGGAUUGCAGCAAGAAGAGGACUAAGGACCAUUCCAUUGUAAAUGUGUAGGGGGUUGCUGGGAGAAUUCUCCAAGAAAGGAAUAAUUGUACAAACCAAUGUCUUUAGAAAUGAAACAUUCAAAGCAUGGCAUGAUUUCCCAAAGUUUUAUUUGGUAAUCUUAGCUAUCAAUAUUUAGUACAAUGUCAUGUGUUUUUCGACUUCUUCAAUGGUAAAAACAUGGAAACUUGCCACCUAAUAUAGCUGUGGAAACAAGAGUCAAUGUUGAAAAGGGAUUGGAAAAUUGUACUUGACACCCCCUUCUGUGAUUUGAAUGGAACAGCCCAGAUGCAUCAUAAUUGCUAUUGGAGGUUUCACUGGUCGGAAGUGACAGAAUGUCUUUUUUUACCAAAUAAAUAUGAUACAUGUAUGUGUCCAUUUUUUACCAUGUUUUACCACUUCUUAACUCAACCUCAUUUGAUAUGUUUAAAGUUAAAUAUGUCAUCUACCCUGACUAAAACCACACUCCUAGUCCUAGUAGCCCACCUGAAUUAUUGAAGUCAAGACUGAGAGUGGAUCCUUGUAGCAUCUGACCGCAGAAGAUCGUGUAACGCGGCCAAAUUGCUGUGUCAAUGUUAAUUUAAAACAAUCUUGCCAUCUUUCAGCCACAUAGCUUGCAAAACUGCCAUCAAACAA